AUGGAUGAGGAAGAAAAUCCACCCCCACCAGGCGCAAAAGAUACUAAGCCAUCUUCAGCCCUGGAUUCCGGCCAAUCUGAUGCACUUCCUUCAAAACAGCCUGCAACAAAAAAGGUAUGCGAGACAAGAUGGUAUUAUUUGCGAAAGAAAUGGGUUUUGGAUACGAAGGAUGAAUUUUACUAUUACUGGCUAAGUGUGGUAUCGUGCGCAUUUGCUUAUAACCUAAUUGUUGUCAUUGCUCGAUCAGUUUUUUCUGAUUUGGCUUCCGGAUAUUAUUGGAUUGCUUGGCUAGUAAUAGAUUUUGUUAUGGAUAUUAUUUACGUGCUUGAUAUGUUUGUGCAUUCCAGAACAGGUUUUUUGGAGCAAGGGUUACUUGUUCGAGAUAUUUCACGAAUUACAAAGCUUUAUUUGAAAUCAUUACAAUUUAAAUUGGAUAUAAUCAGUGUUCUUCCAUUUGACCUUAUUUUAUCGCUCAUAUUUCGUCGAUCAUUUCCAAAUCUGCGUUUUAAUCGCAUUAUCCGUUAUCCACGCUUUUCUGAUUUUGUUGAUAGAACUGAGACCAGGAGUUCGAUGCCAAAUGCAUUUCGCAUAUUCUGCGUUAUUGCUAAUAUUGUUGUAAUCAUCCAUUGGAAUGCAUGUAUAUAUUUCUUCAUAAGUGAAAUGAUUGGUCUUGGCAGUGAUGGUUGGGUCUAUGGGCCACUUAACAAACAAAGUUUGCCUGAUGGCGUGGAAGAUACAAUUGUGAGACGUUACAUCUACAGCUUCUAUUGGUCUACACUAAUUUUAACAACAAUUGGUGAGGUACCUGCUCCAAGAAAGAAUAUAGAAUUCCUUUUUGUAAUUAUGGAUUUGAUGUGUGGUGUACUCAUUUUUGCAACUAUAGUCGGUAAUAUUGGCAGUGCAAUAUCAAAUAUGAGUGAAGCACGGACGAAAUUUCAAAAUAAAAUGGAUGGUAUCAAACAAUACAUGAAAGUGAGAAAAGUGAAUAAGGAGCUUGAAACGCGAGUUAUAAAAUGGUUUGAUUAUUUAUGGGAGCAUAAACAGUCCCUAAGUGAUCAGCGCAUACUGAAAGUGCUUCCGGAUAAAUUGCAAACGGAAAUUGCCAUGCAAGUGCAUUAUGAAACUCUCAGAAGAGUACGCAUUUUUCAGGAUUGUGAAGCCGGUCUUUUAGCUGAACUAGUAUUGAAACUUCAACAGCAGAUAUUUUCUCCUGGUGAUUACAUAUGCAAGAAGGGUGAUAUCGGACGUGAAAUGUACAUUGUGAAACGUGGCAAAUUACAAGUGGUGGCUGAUGACGGGAUCAAAGUUUUUGCCACACUACAGGAAGGCGCUGUUUUUGGAGAACUUAGUAUACUUAACAUCGCUGGGAGUAAAAAUGGUAAUCGGCGAACAGCGAAUGUACGAUCGGUUGGCUACACGGAUUUGUUUGCCUUGAACAAAAAUGAUCUUUGGACCGCAUUGAAGGAGUAUCCGGAUGCAAGGAAGCUACUCAUUGCAAAGGGUCGAGAAAUUCUUCGAAAAGACGGUCUACUGGAUGAAGAUGCACCAGAAGAACAGAUGACAGCUGAAGAGAUGACCAAAAGUUUGCAAAAUACGUUGAAAAUUAUGCAAAUGAAGAUGGCUCGAUUUGCGGCAGAAUUUAAAAGCGUGAAAUCGAAACUGUUGGCAAGAAUUGAAUAUUUGGAAACACAAUUAGCCAAAUAUCAAACAAAUGACAAUUCCGCCACUACAAACGAUGAUUAUCAGAUGGAAUAA